GCGUAUCGGAGACGCUGUGGGCCAUCGAGAUGUGGGAGCCGGCGGCGCAGGCGUUCCGCCUCAACAACCCCGGCACCACGGUGUUCACGGAGGACUGCAACGUUCUGCUCAAGCUGGUGAUGUCCGGCGAGAAAACCAACUCUCUGGGGCAGAAACUGCCUCAGAAGGGAGACGUGGAGAUGCUGUGCGGGGGCCCCCCGUGCCAGGGCUUCAGCGGCAUGAACCGCUUCAACUCCCGCACCUACUCCAAGUUCAAGAACUCCCUGGUGGUUUCCUUCCUCAGUUACUGCGAUUAUUACCGCCCGCGCUUCUUCCUCCUGGAGAACGUCCGCAAUUUCGUCUCCUUCAAACGUUCCAUGGUGCUGAAGCUGACGCUGCGCUGCCUCGUCCGCAUGGGCUACCAGUGCACCUUCGGGGUCCUGCAGGUGGGUUUGGGGCAGACGGAGCCGAGGGGGCCGAUGGCGGGCAGCUGCGUUGACUGUGAGCCAGCAGUGUGCCCGCGUGGCCACGAAGGCCAUCAGUGUCAUGGUUGACCAAUGGUUGACCAGUGGUUGACCAUCAGUUGACCAUUGGUUGACCAUUGGUUGACUAUGAGACAGUGGUGUCCCCUUGUGGCCAGGAGGGCCAGUGGUGGCCAGCUGGGAUGACUGUGAGCCAGCAGUGUGCCCGCGUGGCCACGAAGGCCAUCAGUGCCCUGGUUGACCAGU